CCAGCCAAACCAACGGAACCAGUAGACAAAAGCAACGUAUUUGUUUUAGAGUGGUGACAACAACGGGAAAUUCUCUGACAAAUUAAAAAGUUAAAAGUUAACGACAAGAUUAACUUGUUUGGAUAAGAAGGAGGAAUAAAACCAUAUUCACGGCACAACCAAAGUCUUUACUGCCGUGGGUUGCCUUACAAAACUUGAAAGAGAAUAAUCAGCAGGGCGAAAGAUGGCAACUUUCAACCCACAAUACGACACUAUUGGGAAGGCCUUUGCUCAGCAAUACUACGCUAUGUUCGAUAAUCCCGUGACACGUGGAAAUUUGCUUGGUCUUUAUCACCCGACCGAAUCCUUAAUGUCUUUUGAGGGACAGCAAUGUCAGGGAGCUCAAAAAAUUCUUGAAAAGUUUCAGAGCCUAACCUUUCAAAAGAUUCAACAUUUGAUAACAUCGAUGGACUGUCAGCCAAUGUUUGAUGGAGGAAUUAUCAUUAAUGUCAUAGGACAACUCAAGACAGAUGAUGAUCCACCACUUACAUUUAGUCAAACGUUUGUCUUGAAGCCAUCAGAAGGAAGUUUCUUUUGUCAACACGAUAUCUUCCGGUUGGGAAUUCACAAUGUUUAGAAACACAACCUGCGCUACUUUCACUGACCACAACUGAAUAAAAAACAAGCAUUUCCCAAACAACCGGAGCGAGAGAAAAACUAAUUGAGAUGCCAAGAACCUAUGUAUGGACCGACGAAUAAUCUUGAAACUUUCAUUUCAAAUAUUAAGCUUUUUUUGUGAAAUCCAUAUCGCUUGAAUAAAGUGAUUGUCAAAAAAA